AGAAUGUUCCAACAUGGCGACCCGCGGCAGAUCAUCGAACCACAUCGUCACCGGUGAACAAAACGGGAAGUUUGUUGCCCCAAAAUACUCCUCCAGAACGGUUGCUUGGCUCAGGAAGGAGCUCAGGGCCCGGGGACUCUCCACAACUGGGCUAAAAGUUGAUCUGGUGGCAAGGCUUGAGGAAGCGGAUAAGAGCAUGUCCCACACAGUGAACGACGUCCAUGUCAGGAGAGGACAACUUGUGGACGGGGAGGCCGUCAAGUCUCAGGAGGAAAUCGUCACAAACGCAGGGAGUGAAAAGAGCAGGACUGCUAAGGAAGAAGCGGCCCUGAAACAUCAGCGAGAGAUGGAGAGACGAGAGCGAGAACAGAUCGUCCUAUGGAGAAAACCUUUGACAACCUUACAGUACUUUACCCUGGAGACUGCCAUACUGUUCCAUGGGUAUCUCAUCAGGCUGUGGGAGAACAAAGGAAAGGUGCUGAUCAGUGUCCUCCUGACUUUGUUACUUGUCUGGCUGUACCAUACUCCUGGGGCUCACCAACAGUAUGUAGUAUUGAUGGAGAAGAAGCUCCACUGGUGUGCGUACUGGGUCUUCCUGGGUAUCCUGUCUUCAGUAGGGCUGGGCACAGGUCUACACACCUUCCUACUAUAUCUGGGUCCUCACAUAGCCCAGGUAACCAUGGCUGCGUAUGAGUGUUACUCAGUCGACUUCCCAGAACCGCCAUAUCCAGACCAAAUCAUCUGUCCAGAUGAGACAGAGGGAACACCCAGUAUAUGGGCCAUCAUUGCAAAGGUUCGACUGGAGGCCUGUAUGUGGGGUAUAGGAACAGCCAUUGGUGAGCUCCCGCCAUAUUUCAUGGCCAAAGCGGCGCGGUUAUCUGGAGAUGACCUGGAUGAGUUUGAUGAUGAUGAGUUGGAGGAGUUUGAGGAGGUCCAACAUGCCAGGGAAGCUGGAAACCUCGCCCAGCAGGCCUGGAGCACAAGAGUUAAAGUUGCUGUCACCAAGCUGGUGGAGAGAGUCGGCUUUGUGGGCAUCCUGGCCAUGGCUUCGAUCCCCAACCCCCUGUUUGACCUGGCUGGAGUGACCUGUGGUUAUCUGCUGGUUCCCUUCUGGACUUUCUUCGGUGCUACCUGUAUUGGCAAGGCUGUCAUCAAGAUGCACAUACAGAAAAUUUUCAUCAUCACCAUCUUCAGUGAACAUCAUAUAGAAACUCUUGUGAACCUCAUAGGGCAACUUCCCAAGAUCGGACCGUCUUUAACAGCACCAUUCCAAGACUUCCUGGAGAAGCAGAAGAAGAAAUUCCACAUCAAGCCUGGCACAAAUGUACCCUCAGAGACCAACUGGCUGUCUUAUGUCUUUGAGAAAGUCCUGAUCCUGAUGAUUGCAUACUUUGUCCUGUCCAUUGUGAACUCCACGGCACAGAGCUACCACAAACGCAAGUCAAAGGAAAACCACCACAAGCAAAAAGUUUAGCCUAGGGACUAGUAAAGUACCAGAAAUCACAAACAUUUAAUGGCAAAUUAUUAUGAGCGUACUACCAAGGCAAUAGUUUACCUGCUACCUUGUUUCGUAGGUUCACCUCUUGAAGUGUGUUGUAAAAUUACUCAAAAUAAAACUGAUCGCUUUAAAUGAAAACUGGCCUGGAUACAUACAACAAGCAAUGUGAUUUUUUAAAAGUCAAAUAUCUCAGUCAGGAACCACAAUACUUGCGACAGAAAACCACAAUAUUAUAGAAGGAUGCAUACUUAUAAAUAUCAGGGAUUGACUCGGAAAUGAUUUUCCAAAUUCAAAGUUACCAGUGUUGAAUGGUAGAUUGAAACUUUAGUUUUGGGUCCAAACAAUAGUAGACAAGACUGUAGUGUAAUUUCAGGUUGGUAUCAAGUGGUGUAGGUUGGAGGGUAGCUGUAACAUUUGUAGCCUGAAAUAUUUCUUCUAAGUUUUCUAAAGGUUACAGAUAAUACACAAAGAUGACAAGGUCUUCUAGUAGAAGCUUUCAGUCCAUUUUAGCCAUAUUUACUGUAGCUUUAAAACAUUUUUGAAGCUGUUCCAGAAAAAGUGGAGACAAACUUCCCAAGAGCUCAAAAUAGUAGAUUGAAAGUAUAUGGAUGGCAGGUCAUCAUAAUCAUUCAAUGACAUCCAAUUUGUCAUCUUCAAUUUUUGCCAUAUUUCUACCUUGAAUAUCAUUACAGAAUUCCAGCACUUAUCUUUAAAUAACUAGUUUUGCUCCCUGUAUAUGUGCAAUUUUUAAUGAUCUUUCUUUGGUGUUGAGAAGGAAGGGGAAGUUUGGUCGAAUUGUAGCAGUAUUGUUAUUGACAUAUCUGUUAUAUACAUGUAUUUAGUACCAGUCAGUGAAUAAUUUCAAUCAGUUAGUAUAUUAUACAUUUUGUAGAUCAUAGGAGUUCCUUGCACACUACCAAAACAUUUUCAGGUAUAGAAGUUCGUAGUUCUCACUAGGCUAUUUGAGCAUAGGGUCCCUUAUGCUGCGAUUUGGACACCCUACACUGUCUUUCAACUGACGUAGGGGUGCUUUUUGGGGGAGAACCUUGAUAAAAAUUAAACUUUAGAAAGUUAUAACAACUGGAAAACAUAGCAAGCAAUAGUUUUUCAGAGAGAAUACCAGACCCCCUGCUGUGGUCAUGUCUUUUGGACUCAAUGUGCAACAGGCACCACAGAAAGUUGCCCUUCUGUACCUGAUCCCUACGGCUGUGAAAAAAUCCUGGUGAGAACCCUGAAGUUGGUUAUGUGCACAAUAACUACAAGACAUAUUAUAUUAAAUUUUGGUACAUACCAGUGUUGUUCUAACCAUUUUAAGUCAUGGUAACAAAGAGUAUGGAGAAAAAUGAGAUGCUCUCAGGCUCACUUACUGUGCCAAAUAACU